ACCGUUUUCGUCAGCCAGUCAGCCAGUCAGUCAGUUGUUUGAAGUUCGACCGUUACGCGCGGCGUUCCGUAGCAGCCGGAGUCGGUGGAUGGAUAGUUUUGUUUCGGGGUGUUUCGUUGGGUUUUAGAGUUCGCUCGCGAUCAUCGAUCACGUGUGUCAGUGAGAUUUCGCGGAUUUGCAAGUGGUAGCCGUGGUGUAGUCGCUGUUGGCGUCGUUGUGUGGGGGACCCAAGUCGCCAAGUGUUCGCUGUGGUGCCUUUCUUCUUGUUUUGUUUCUAUCCUCCACCCCCUUUUUGGGGACAGGUUUGGCAAAUAAGAUCGGUUGACUGGGAUUUUGGAAUAUCGUGAUAGAUUCGUUAAGUUUUGCGCGGAUGUGAUGAAGAAAUCGCUUGGUUUGUUGAAGUGACGCCGCUAAUGUUACAUACUUCUUGGGGAUUGUCGGUGCUGUUGUGACGCAAUCAAAUUCGAUUUGUUCUGGGGAACGUGGGUAUCGAUUUUGCACACAUAGAAGGAAAAAAACCUUGCCAAUAAGGUGCGCUAUAAAGGCUAGAGGCCGUUCGAAGGGGUUGGAACUUAUUUGUGCCUCGUGGAUUAGCUUCCGUCGACCGGAUGUAUGUUUGAAACCGCCUGCAGACCUGUUUGAUUCGAGGAAAAUUGAGGAUUCGUUACACCCUCCUACAGUCUCGGUUGGGUUAUAGUUGUCCUUCGUGGGGCGUAAACAUAUCAGCAAUAACAAUAAAAAAUAAUAACAGCAACGAUCGACGACAACCACACGGCGACAACGGCAGGACAAAGCGACGCGCCAGUCAUUCCCAAGGCUCCGUCAAUUGUAGUUUGCGGCAUCGAUUUUGACUAUCACGGCCGCGUCCAGAAUCAGUUAUCGGACCGGUGUGGAUGUUGAGGAAGCACGCACGCAUCAACUCUUACGGAACGCGCUAUUCUAUGACCUCAGCGAGAAUCGUCACCACAUUAGUCGUCAUCAUUAUCGUCUUCUGCGUGCCAUUGUGAAACCCGUGUCUGCACUCUCCUCGAAAACGAAUUGAAAUCUCAUGAAUGUGAUAAUUAAUCAACCUUAGAAUUUAUUAAAUUUCGCGCCACAUAUCUUCGAAAGCGCUAGAGGGUAGAUUAACUAUUUCUUGCUUUGCUUUGAAGCCAGACUAGAAGAAGAUUUAGGAGAUGGGAAACUCGACGUCGUCGCAUGAACCGCUGGAGCGGGGCUUCACCCGGGGGACGUACGGCGAUGUGAAAAAUACGAAGGCCGCAUCUUUUCGGCACAGCAAACGGUCGCCGAAGAAGAUGGACCGGUUGCGGAAAUCGUUUCGCGAUUCGUUCCGGCGCCGCAAGGACCGUGUCCCGGAGGCGGCAAAACCACACCAGUGGCAGUCCGAUGAGCAGGCCGUGCGGUCUGCUACUUGCACGUUCUCGGUUAAGUACUUGGGAUGUGUUGAGGUCUUCGAGUCCCGCGGGAUGCAGGUGUGCGAGGAAGCGCUGAAGGUUUUGAGGAAUUCUCGGCGUCGUGCAAUAAGAGCCCAGCUUCACGUCAGCGGUGAUGGUCUGCGGGUUGUUGAAGAUGACACCAAGGGACUGAUUGUGGAUCAAACCAUCGAGAAGGUUAGCUUCUGUGCACCGGAUCGGAAUCAUGAGCGUGGCUUCAGCUACAUUUGUCGAGAUGGCACUACGAGGCGGUGGAUGUGUCACGGUUUCUUGGCGUCCAAGGAUUCCGGCGAGCGGCUGUCGCAUGCCGUAGGUUGCGCGUUUGCUGUUUGUUUGGAACGAAAGCAGCGGCGCGAUAAAGAGUGCGGUGUAACGAUGACUUUUGACUUGAAGAAUUCCACUUUCACGAGAACUGGUUCCUUCCGGCAGCAAACGAUGACGGAAAGAAUGAACAGCGUGGACACGGCGAUAGUGACCCCCACGCAGAACAAUAACGUUUCAAAACCAGUCAAUCCGUUUGCAAUCGAGCGACCGCACGCCACGCCUUCCAUGCUGGAACGGCAGGGAAGUUUUCGGGGAUUCACUCAAAUUGGCCAGGCGUCUCCCUUCAAGCGACAGAUGUCUCUGAGAAUUAAUGAUCUUCCUUCUAAUGCCGAACGUCAGCGUGCAUUCCUGGAACCAACUACGCCACAUCGAACAACUGUCUCCCCGAUACCGGAAGUUUCACCCCAGCCUACGGACACCGUUAGUCAGCUGUGCCAGGAGCUUAGCCAAGGACUGUCGCUGCUAACCAAGAAUGACGCUGACGAUUUUUACUUGGAAAAGGAGGCAAAGAACUUGAACGCUGUCCCUGUCACUAGCAAUUCGGUGAUCGGAAAUUAUGUCAAAAUCUCGUCCACCACUAGUCCAGUGGAUCUUACGACCACCAGCACUAAUCCAAUAACGUCUGUCUUCAAUCCCAGCCCCGUAGUCCUGUCGCAGCCCACGGUUCCACCCCGGUCACUAUCACCGAUGAAGCAACAAACGCUGGAUCUCACGCACAGUUCGCUCGCCACCAGCAACGUAGCUCCCAUAUUUCCCUCAGCGUCGACCGUCGAUACCGCCGCACAGAAAGUGUUCCCCGUGGAAACGGCCUCGCCGCUGCCCAAUCCAGAGCAGUGGCUGGGUCAGAUAGUGAAAAAUGUGUCCCCUUCGCCUAGGAGAGCACCGUCCCUGCACACUCGAGCCAAGUCGCUGAGCGCUGCCGACCCCUUCGAUGCCGAGUGGGUUGCGGAAGUUGCUCAGCCGGAGAUUCACAGCACUAAUCCUUUUAUUUCGCCACCGAAGCCGCCGGCCGAAAGUUUUCAGGUGCAUCUCUGAAAUUGGCUGCGCGAGUAAGCUCCUUCAGUGGGGACGAAACGACGAACGGAGAAAGGAAUUUCAUGCAACGGUGCUUGGGGGGGCGAGGCGUUAGACAGUACAUUGCUGAUAGGAUUUAUACAGCGUAUGAGUUCAGAAUUUGUAGCUGGCGGAGCGUAGGGAACAUGCAUUGUGUACUUAUUCAAAUCUACUCAAACAUUCUGAUAGCAUUUAUUUUUCGAAUGGAAUUUUGAACUUCACGGUGUGGAAUGAUGGUUUGUCGCUGUGCGUUGCUCCUCGCAGGUUCUGCGAUUGUGUUGUUGUGUUUGUCCAGCAAAAAUUACUCGAUCCGGCAGCUGGUUUGCCGAAAAAAACGGUCGGUUUCCUAGCAGCAAAGUAGCAAAUGCAAUUCUCACUGUAGCAUUGGAAGAUUCUAAUAAGACACAGCCGUCACUUUUAAUCAACUUGUUUGUAACUAAAAAAGCGCAAGAGCGACUAGUAGUUGCAAUGAGGUAUCAACAGCGGAUUGUGAAAGAACACGAUACAACAUUGUGUGACAUUAUCAUUUGCAUCCAAGUGAGUUUUUAAAACUUGCUUGCACAUCUAUUCUCGGUUGUACAUAAACCCUACUAACAGUGCAGCACACUUGAGUUGGAUUUGAGUUUGAAUCCUGCAUAACAACAACUGCAUAAAAAUCGAAUUGCGAUGAAAUUUGUGACGUGUUUACUGCAACAGUUUGUUGCAUUGUCCUUUGAAGGCAUAAAGUCAAUCUAAAAAGAGUGUGCGGUGCAACUAAAACUCAAACUAUUGUGAGGAAGCAGAUUCAAGUUGAACUCAAACAUGGAAAAAGGUUUCUUAGUUCCACUUUGCAUAAGUUCCUGGCAUCAAUGUUUUAAAGCAUCAUGAAAUACGCAGCUUAAAAACGAAAAUGCAGCAUGUUAAUAACAUAAGACGUUGCAAGGGCUACUUGAGUUAUGGUUUCAUGUCAAACAAUACGACCGGUUCUGUGUGUUGACUGGCUUCAUAGGUUAACAAAGAAUGAAGAUGUUUUUUCUCUUGAAAUUAAGUUCACGGAGAUAUUUUUUUUUAAACUCAACGAACCAGUAGAAAAUCUCUUAGUCGACAGCAUGAUUUUUACUUCUACGCACCAGCGACAGACUAAUGGAAUCGUUCUCGUUUGUAAUGUAUGAUCAACCUAAGUCCGGAAGAAUUUACUAAUCAAAACACCUUGCGCAGGAAAAUAACCACACAUUACGUAUUUGAAAUGCUAGAGUGCAACAAAAACAGCUUAAAUGGCUUUACCUGUGUAUACCUUUAAAUCUGAAACAACAUGUAGCUCCCCUUCUCCCGAUAGGACUAUUAUCCAUUGUUAGGAGGAAAUGAAAAGGUGCACCUUUUCUAGAAAAAUAAAACCCGACGUAGUAGCCAAUAGACUACUUAAGCCGAGGAAGAUUAUUUAGCGAACAAAUGUAUUAUUCCAGUUGAUUAAGAACUACACCCAAACACAAAAUAAACACCUAAGCACAGAUCCAAGGCAAGGCCCGUCAUCUAUUUUUGAACUGGUUGAUUUAUGAAUUUCUAAGAAUGAAUUGAAAAGUUUUUUUUCUCAUUUUGAGAUUGCAUAUCAUAUGUUUAUUUUGUUUGAAUUGUUUAUUUUCGUUCACGCUCAAUGACAUAUGUGUAUUGUACAUCGCAAAGAGGUGUUAAAAAGAUCUAGACUUUUUGGUCUUGUCUUGGGCAUAGCUCACAAAUUGCUUCAAAAGCUAGCAAGCAUCGAAUAUCGGUAAAACCUAUAGAAUCUAUAGGAAUAAAGGACUACAUUCACAAAAGACAGCUCGAGUGGAAGAACGGGAGGAAACGAUGCAGCUUUUUAAAAUAAUAAGCCGGUACUUAAUAAUUUGAAAGAGUAUACAAUAUAGGCUUCAAGUAACAAUUAGCACAAUUGUUUUAAUGGUCGAUACAGAAUAAGAUGAAACACACAUCCAAACAUGAAAAUAAAACAUAGUAAUAACUGAUAACAAACUAACGGAAUAGAAAUAUUGAGACUAGGAUGAGCAUUCAAUUAAAGUUCACUUCGCGACUGAAUCGCACUCUUUAUGUUGCGUAUCACAUAUGAUGCAAGCGCAGUUCAGUGUAGCAGGAAGUAUUAGAGAUGCGAAAUGUUGUACUUAAGUGCGAAUUGGUGGUUUGAAAGUUGUACAUAUACUUUUGCGCUUAGCUUACGUUUCUGUAUGUACAUAUUUUGUAAAUAAAUUUGUUUGACUCUUCUUUGCGAAAGAGAGUUCAACUUAUGAUCGGUGUUACUAGCCACUAGUGAAUGCUGACAUAGCCCGCUUCUCGAACAUUGUUAGAAUACCUAUCAGUUAUUAUUUUCGUUUUUUUGGGGGAUAUUUUUCAUACGGGCAAAUCGAGGUCCAUACUAGGUUCAAUGUAUAGCGAAUAUUUGUACACUUAAUGUUUCUAUAUUCCAGAUUUAUAUCAGUAUAGUUGUACAGAAUAAUAUUGAUCUUGUAACAUAAUUUCCAACAUUGCGAAGUAAGCAUACAGUUUAGAAUAAAAUAAAUGUUCAGUGAAAAUCAA